AUGGAUUCCGCCAAGUUGUCUAAAUUGCAAGCCGGCGUUCGUAUCGGUGGUAAGGGUACUCCCCGUCGUAAGGUUAAGAAGCCUUCCAAGGCUGCUCUUAGUGCCGCCGAUGAGAAGAAGGUCCAAACUUCUUUGAAGAAGUUGAACAUGCAAGCUCUUGCCGGUAUCCAAGAGGUCAACAUGUUCAAGGAGGACGGCAACGUCAUUAACUUCCAAGCUCCUACCGUUCAUGCCUCUCUCCCCAACGAGACCGUUGCUAUCUACGGUAAGCCCCAAGAGAAGUCUUUUGCCGAGAUUCUCCCCGGUGUCUUGAACAAUUUGGGUCCUGAGUCCCUUGCUGCCCUCCGCAAGAUGGCUGAGCAAUUGAAGGUCAGCGAGGGCAAGGCUGACGGCGAGGCCGGUAAGGAUGCCGAUGGUGACAUUCCUGACCUUGUCGAGAAGUUUGAUGAGCAAGACUAA